ACUGUCGGCCAUUUUAAUUUUAUCAGUCGUCAUUUCACAUCGCUACAGUAGGACGGAGAACGUCAGGACUCAAUUUCAGCAAAUUUCUCUUACAACUGUGGUGGAGAGUUGCCUACUAUGAACUGUUUCUCUUCCUAAAACCAAAAUAAGUAGAUUGUAGUGAAGUGACGCAUAAGCCAGUAGACGUCCAGUGUCUAGUUUUUGCUCCUCAAUGUAGCUAGAGGAAAUGGCUGUGGAAAGCAUGACUGUCCAUCCAAACUCCCCAACUUCCAUCCACGAACACAACAGUCUUCUGACUGACGAAAGGCCAGUAGAUGAGGAGUUGGAAGAGGGGGAGUUGGAAGAUGAUGCAGGAGAGGUGGAGGAGGAGGAGGCGGGUGGAGCUGGCCCUGCAGCUGCAGGUCAAGGCGGAGAUGGGUGUGAUGAUGCAGGUGGAGGAGGUGAAGCAGGAGGAGAAGGGGCAGCAGAGAGACCUCAGCGAAGCCGGGAGCGCCACGCCAGCAGCGGUUCGGAGGAUGAGAGGUCUCACCGUCGCAAGAGGAAGCGGAAGAAGGAAAGGGAGCGGGAACGAGAGAAGAGAAGGUCUAAGAAGAAACGCAAAUCAAAGCAUAAACGACACGCAUCUUCUGAUGACGACCACUCCGAUUUCAGCGAUGACUCUGACUACAGCCCCAGUGAGAAGAGGAAAUACCGAGACUACGGGGAUCAGUACGCCCCUUCUUCUCACGGGACCUACGGGGGCCCAAAGAAAAGCAGCUACAUGAAGAUGGAGAAGCAGAGUUACGGAGGUUACGAUGACUACGAUGAUGAUAACUAUGAGGGAGAGGAAGAGGAAGACAUGGGGGAGGAAGAUUAUGAUGACUUCACAAAGGAGCUUAACCAGUACCGCAAAGCCAAGGAGGGAGGGCGCGGUGGAAGAGGGGGCAGAGGUCGCAUGAAGAGCCUGAGAGGCCGAGGAGGAAUGAGAGGAGGAAGGAGGGGAAGGGGAGGGAGCAGAGGACGAGGAGGCAGAGGAAGAAUGGGAGGAGAUGAUGAUGGAGAUGGUUAUGGUGAAGACAUGGAGUACGGAGAUGAUGACUAUGACAACAUGGGGGAGGAUGACUAUGACGACUACUCUAAAGAGCUCAGUCACUACAGAAAGUCCAAAGACAGAGGCAGAGGAGGUAAAGGAGGCCGCAGUCGAGGGCGAGGUAAAGGAGGGCGAGGAAUGAUCCGAGGAGGAAGAGGUCGGAACAGAGGGAGAGGAAGAGGUGACAUGAACGAUGAUGACAACAAUGGAGACAUGGACAAUGGGGAUGGAGGAGAUGGUGCAGGACCAGGGAGGAGGAACCUUAAUGAAAAGCACCAGGAUAAGAAAGGAAAGGCCAUCUGCAAGUACUACAUCGAAGGGAGGUGCACCUGGGGGGACCACUGUAACUUCAGCCACGACAUCGAGCUGCCCAAGAAGAAGGAGCUGUGUAAGUUCUACAUCACUGGGUUCUGCGCCCGGGCCGACCACUGCCCCUACAUGCACGGUGAAUUCCCUUGUAAGUUGUUCCACACCACCGGGAACUGUGUGAACGGAGAUGAGUGCAUGUUCUCACACGAAGUCCUGAAUGACGACACACAAGAGCUGCUCAACAAGAUGCUCGCAGAAGAUGCUGAAGCUGGAGCCGAGGAUGAGAAGGAGGUGGAGGAGCUGAAGAAACAGGGGAUCAACCCUCUUCCCAAACCUCCUCCUGGAGUUGGCCUCCUCCCUACUCCUCCUCGUCCUGUUUCCAUGGACACCAGCACAGGAGUGGGGGACUUUGGGGGGCCUCCAGCUGACUUUGGCAGUCAUCCUGGACCCAACCAGGGUCUUCUCUCAAGCAAAGGUCCACCUGUUCCAGUACCCAUUCCAGGCCCUAAUCCCAACGUUGGCCCUCCUGUCCAUAGUCCUGAAGGAAGUCCCUUCCAGGGAGGCCCACCCCCAAAUCCCAGUGGCCCUCCCCCCCACAUGGUUCCUGCACCUUCAGGUGGUGGAGCAGCAACCUGUGCUGGCAAGAAGAUCCCGUCUUUGUUUGAGAUCAAAGUUCAGCCGACGGGACAGCUGGCUCAGAAACUGGCUGUCAGUGUCCUGUCCUCUGUCAGGAGCCAGACUCCCAGUGGCAGCCAAGGUCAGGCGUCCCCUCCUGGACCCCAGGGCCCCCCAGGAGCUGCCCCAUCCCGCUUCCCUGCCCCUCCAGGCAUGAUGCCUCCUGACAUGCAGAACAUGGGCCCCAAUCUCGGCGUGAACCACGGCCCCCUAAACGUAGGACCUGGUGGAUCCCCCAUGAUGGGCGCAUUUGGACCCAGUGAUGGGGCUCCUGGUCCUCCACAGGGGGGAGGAAACUUCUUCAACAACUUCUGCGGUCAGCAGGACGGCCAGACGAUGGAGGGCGUGGUGGAAGAAGGUGAAAACUACCAGAGCUUUCCUGGUCUGGAUGAUGGAGGAGCAGCAGGAAAGUUCACUAGUCAGUCUGGAGGCCAAGAAGGUUGUGCUAACGGCUCCUUGGCCAGCCAGGGAGGAAUCUCCGUUCCAGACUUCCUGCCACCGGCUCAGCGCGUCUUGUUCAUGAGGAUCCAGCAGAAGCAGCAGGAGGAGGAGGAGAGAGCUCGUAGGAUGACUGAAGGAGGAGCAGAAAAGAAUAAAGAGGUGGAAGGUGACUCUGGUAACUGGUACUCCAGUGAGGAUGAGGAUGGUGGUAGCAGCGUGACCUCCAUCUUGAAGACCCUCCGCCAACAGACCCAGGCUCCUCAGAAGACCGAGAGCCACCCGAGUGACCCCCGUCUCCUCAGGGCUCCGCCCUCUAACCCCCCUCCUGCUCGUCCGGCUGACCCCCGCUUGGCCCGAGACCCGCGCCUGGCUCGCGCCCCUGAGUCGGGCCACAUUUCGGACUCGGCCCUGUCCGGGUCGGCUCCGUCCUCCGGACCUCCAGCAGAUCCCAGACUAGCCAGACUGAGUUCUGCAGCAGCCGCCUCACAUCCGCCUCCUGCUUCAAAAUCAGAACCCCCUCUGGUCUACAGGCCCCCACCCCUGACGGCGCCGGCAGCAGAGGAGGAGGAGACAGAGCGAGUUCUGAGGGACAAGCCUGUUCCAGUUCCUUUGGACCCGCUCAUGGGCAUGGCACUGAGAGACCCGCGCUCCCAGCUGCAGCAGUUCAGCCACAUCAAGAAGGACAUCAUCCUUCACAUACCGGCCUUCUCUAAAACCAUCACAUGGUCCCCUGAAGACCUCCUCCCCCUCCCCGUUCCUAAGCAGGACCUCCUGCCCCUCCCACCAGGUAUCCCUCCUGUGGCCUCCCGGGAUCCUCACCUGUCCAGAGCUCAGCAGCAGCUCCACACAUCCCAGUCCCCCCCCUCUCAGCCUCCUGCCUCCACAGACGCCCCCGCGUCCUCCUCAGGCUCCUCCCUUCCUGACUUUGAGCUGCUUUCCCGGAUUUUGAAAACCGUUAACUCCAGCCCUUCCCAAACGGCAUCUCCUCCUCACCUCCCCUCUCCUGCUGCUUCUGGGUCAGCGCUGGCUCAGCCCCCCCCCAUGACUACCUCAGCUGCAGAAAAACUGGCUGACCCUCGGGUGGCCCGUAAGACCCCCUCUGACCCCCGUCUGCAGCCGCAGAAGUCUGCUCUGAAGCAGCCAUCAGAACCCGUGUCUGCACCGCCUGCCCUCGCUACGUCUCCUCCUGCAUCCUCUUGCCCCUCCCCUCCAUCCAUCGCCCCGUACGACCCGAGGAUCCUCUCCUCCGGAGGAGCGGGGCGCAGUGUGGGCACCGGGGCACCAGGGGGAGCCAGUGUGCUGAGCAGCAUCAGCCUUUAUGACCCCAGGACUAACAAACCAGGAAGUCCUGGUACCAGCAGUGGUUCUAACAACUCCCCCAACUCUGCCAGCACAGAGUCCAAGCCCAGUGACCCCUCCUCUGGUAAACCCAAGUCCAAGGAGCCCCUCUUUGUCCGUAAGUCUGCACUGGACCAACCAGAACCAGAGAAGGGUGGAGAGCAAGGCACUGAUCGAUAUAACAGCUACAACAGACCCCGGCCCAAAUCGGCUCCCUCGCCUAACUCCACGGGUCCGACCGGUCCUGCUGCAGCUGCUGCAGGGCUGAGCCCUGGAUCUGCUGCAGAGCCGGGGCCCGCGGGAGUCCACAACCUCCCCGUGUCUUCUCUCUUUGGUGUUGCUAAGCAGGCCGCCAAGCCCGGAGGAAACAGUCCAUCUCAGACGGAGCAGGCCGCCUCCGAUCCGGACAACGCCUCCCUAAAGGAGGUUUUUAAAGGCUUCGACCCCACGGCCUCGCCCUUCUGCCAGUGAGCCGCCGGAAGCGGAGCUCUGCCUGAUGGACACAAACGUGCGGGGGUGGGGUCAGCGGUAGAUUUCUAUUUUAUUAUUGAUGUCUGAAAAGAUCUGGUCUUCUGAUUCUAACGGGGUUCUGACCCAGGGUCAGGGUCAGGGUUAACCCUAACCCUGACCCUGACCCAAGCGCUUGUGUUCUGUUUUCUGGAGAAAGAUGAAGAUAUCUAAACACGAGUCUAUAUUCUGUGUGGUUUAUUUAUUUUUCUACUUGUGAGCUCUCGUGGCAGCUGCUGCUGAGUAGCUGGACCUUCUGGGUCCACGACCCUCAUUUCGCUCACAUUUUCUUGGUUUUUCUCGAGGAAGGGCUUCUUUCCCUUCUGCCCGUCAGGCUCACACACCUCCCAUCUCCAGCGGUCAUCCAUCUUUUGUUUUUGCUGCUCCUGCCAGCGGGCGGCCUCGGUGACCCGAGGUUCACCUGAGUCACACACCUGGUUUAACUCGCUCCGCUUUAUUUAGCAUUGUGUAAGGAAAAGGAAGGAAACCAGGAAGACUUGUGUGUGUUCAGCCCGACAAUCAGAAACUACAUUCAGAGGUUUGGGUUUCGUGGUCUGAGCGAGGCGGGAGAGCAGCCCGCGUUCCCAGUACGUCCGAUAGGGAAGUGGGUUUACUCCCAGGUCCUGUCAGGGCGAAGGUCAUGGAUGGUUGGACACAGCCUGGUGUACAAACCUGGAUUAUUUUUAUAGAACUUGGGUUGGUGCUGACCUUUGACCUCUCCCCCGAGCCGAGGCAGGGAUGCUGGUUUAACCCUGCAGGCCGGUGACGAACACCAGUUUUUAUUCUUUGGUGAUUUUUUUACUACGUUGUAAAUCUGAGCUGCAUGGACGGUCAGGAGCCGCAGCUUUUAUCACCUUUAUUCACUCAGUUCACCUUUCUUCUAUCAAAGUGAACAUUAACGCGUACACGUUGGUUGUUUUUGCAGCAGAUGAAUAAAAUAUGGUUUAUUAUUAUUAUUUUUUUGCCUUUUUCAUCUGAAAUAAUCACAAAUCAUCGACUUUCUGCUUUCCUGUAAAUAUUUCCCUUGUUGUUCCGUCUGCAUCAACGACUGUAAAGUAAAGGAUAAAUUAUUUAAAAAUCCUUUUGUCUGUUUUCUGUCGUGUUCUGGCUCUGGGUUGGA